AUGAAAAUGGAGGACUUUGUUCGGAGAAUGGAGGAAGAGAUAAGAAGCGAGGAUGAUGUUAAGAAGGAAGAGUCGGUACGCUGUGAGCACAUUGGCGAUCCUCAGAUCCAUAAGAAGAGAAAGAUAGCCAUUCCUUCAUGUAAUCUGCAAAGAAAAAAACAUGUUGCAGAGAUCAACACGGUAGAAAAAAAGGAGAGUGGAGCUAUGUCCUGUGGAAAGUGUGGCAAGAGACUAAAACUAACGAACAACUAUAGCUGUAGAUGUGGAAAUACAUACUGCAUUAUGCAUAGAUUCCAUGACCAGCAUGGCUGUACAUUUGAUUAUAAAGCAAUGGCAAUAGCAAAGCUCUCUGCACAGAAUCCAAAGAUUGUUGGAAAGAAGGUGGGGGAGCCGUAG